AUGCUUUUCUGCCCGACUUGCGCAAACCUUCUCGUCAUUUCUUCAGAAACCGGAUUCAACAAAUGGGCUUGCAAUACCUGCCCGUACGAGUUCCCGAUAACGAAACAGAUGACUUCAAGAACGAAAUUGAAACGAAAGGAGGUCGAUGAUGUUCUUGGAGGAGAGGAAAUGUGGAAACAUGCGGAUUCGACCGCCGCUUCGUGCCCUCGAUGCAAUAAUGGACAGGCAUAUUUUUAUCAGCUACAAAUUCGUUCCGCUGAUGAGCCUAUGACUACGUUUUAUCGGUAUACUUCUUGCCUUCAAUCCAUGCAAUCAUGGGUGCUCACGCUGAAUGUCUAA